AAGAUGCACACCACCCAGAAGGACACCACAUACACCAAAAUCUUUGUCGGGGGGCUUCCGUACCACACCACCGACUCCAGCCUGCGCAAGUACUUUGAGGUCUUCGGGGAGAUCGAAGAGGCGGUGGUCAUCACAGACCGGCAGACGGGGAAAUCCCGGGGCUAUGGAUUUGUCACCAUGGCUGACAGAGCUGCUGCUGAAAGGGCCUGUAAGGAUCCCAACCCUAUCAUUGAUGGCAGAAAGGCCAACGUGAAUCUGGCAUACUUGGGGGCAAAACCCAGGAUCAUGCAACCAGGUUUUGCCUUUGGUGUUCAACAACUUCACCCAGCUCUUAUACAGAGACCUUUUGGGAUACCUGCCCAUUAUGUUUAUCCACAGGCUUUUGUGCAGCCUGGAGUUGUAAUUCCACAUGUCCAACCUACAGCAGCUGCUGCCUCCACCACACCUUACAUUGAUUACACUGGAGCUGCAUAUGCACAAUACUCAGCAGCUGCUGCAGCUGCAGCGGCAGCAGCCUAUGACCAGUACCCAUAUGCAGCAUCUCCAGCUGCUGCAGGAUAUGUCACUGCUGGGGGCUACGGCUAUGCAGUCCAGCAGCCAAUCACCGCGGCAGCACCUGGGACAGCUGCUGCAGCAGCAGCAGCAGCGGCAGCGGCAGCAGCAUUUGGCCAGUAUCAGCCACAGCAGCUGCAAACAGACCGUAUGCAAUAA